AUGCCAGAGCCGGACAAGGACGAGAUGGAGCACCGCGAGGAUGAGGUCUUCGAACUCUCGCCCAUGCUAGAAGGCGACGAAAGAGAUAGCGAUGAGAUGCGAGAAGACGAGGCGUUGCUGCCGUCGACACAGCAAGACGAAGAACAAUCUCGACAUGUCCCUCCCGAACCUUCACCACCCGAAACCACCGCACCGAAACAAUCGUUUGUGAAGAUCGAAUUUCUCGACGGAUUACGAGGUCUGGCAGCACUAUGGGUCUUUGUCCAGCACAAGAUGGGCGGCGGCGGCCAGGAAUUCGGCUUCGGGCAGAACGGCGAUCAGUGGCAUUUCGUCCAACUACCCGUUGUCCGUCUCAUGUUCGGCACUGGAGGUAACGCUGCCGUUGUCAUCUUCUUCGUUUUGUCCGGCUACGUACUCAGCAUCAGCUCCUUCCGGAAGCUCAAGCAAGACAAAGCGCCUAAAUGUCGCAGGGCUCUGCUCAGCGCACUGAUACGCCGGCCUUUGCGAUUGUAUAUCCCACCGAUCGUGCUAUCACUCCUCGAUGCUUUCCUCCUGCACGUCCCCGGCCCUCUGGUACUGCCUCUACCCUGGGAUGGUGGAAGACCGCAAGAAGACGGAAUCUGGGCGGAGAUGAAGUUCUUCUGGGUCAAGAGCGUGGACUACUUCUCCAUCUUUCGAGAGCACGGGAGCAACCUCUUUUCGUACCCAUACAACGUGGCCAUGUGGACUGUACCAAUCGAAUUGAAGGGAAGUCUACUGGUAUUCGGACUCGUCUUCAUCUUCUCGCUCGGCAUGCAUGGUCCAGAUCACAAGGUCCCGCUCAUGGCCGCAUUGAUGCUAUUUGGUGCAUCGGCAAUCAUGCUACAGAGAAUGUGGAAGUGGAGUAUGACGGGCUUCGUGUUUGGAAUGGUGCUUGCAUUGGUGGAUACCUGGCCGAUUGGGGAGGCAGUCAAGAGAGGAUUUACACCACCGGAGAAAGUGAGAGAUUUGGGCGAGAAGUUGACUCCAAAGUGGGCGAAGACGACUCCUGGCUGGGUUUCAAGCGCAAGAGAACGAUGGACAGCAGUUCGAUCUGUGAAGCUCACACCCGAAUGGCUUUCGAAACGUCUACCAAGAAGGGCAGAGAAAACACCAAAACCUCCGCUCACACCCCACAAGCCGACACUCUUCGCCCAUCUCUGCUUCUACGUCGGUCUCUACCUCCUGUCCGAGCCUUCGCACGCCGGUGACAUAAACUACUCGGCCAACACCCCCGGCUGGGUCUGGCUCACCAGCUUGAUCCCCGAGCAAUACGGCGACGACCGAUACUACCGAUACUGGCAAAGCUGGGCCUCGCUCCUCGUCGUCUACGCCGUCCUUCGCAUCCCCUUCCUCCAACGCUUCUUCUCCACCCGGCCCCUCAAAUUCCUCGGAUACGUCUCCUUCAUGCUCUACCUCACGCAUGUCCCCUUCUUCCGCAUCCUCCCCGACCGUGUGAGCGCCUUGCUGGGUGAUAGUCCCGAUCCGCACCUCGUGGGAUCAUUUUGGGAUGGGACGUGGACGGUACCGCAGUGGGGACUCUAUGCAAUUGAUCUGAGGUUUUGGGUUGAUUUGGCUAUCAAUCUUCCCAUGACGUUGCUGCUUGCGUGGGUGUUUACAAAGAUUCUGGACCAGCCAAGUGUGAGGCUGGGCAAGUGGAUUACGAUGUUGAUUGGCUUGGACGCGAAGAAGCCCAGUAAAGCGACGACGGAGGGUUCGGUUUUGCCAUCAUGA